UUCCAGCUCCUGGGCGAAUCCCACAGCUGUUUCAACUCUCCGCCGAGGGCGAGCGGGAGCGAGUGUGCGUCUGGGUCCCGGCGAGGGUGCGCGCUCGGCGCCGGGAGCGCGGCCAGCCGGGUCCCGAGGCAUCGGGAAGCCGAGAGCCGCGCGGACCCCCGCUCUCCGCCGCUGCCCCGUCCGGGGCCGGACUUCGGGGCCAGGGCCGCGCGCGCCGGGGGAACAAGGACCGGGCCGGCCCGGCCGCGCGUCCAUCGAGCCGGAGAUCCGUGAGUAGAGCGGGAAGAAGGGAGAAGAAGCAAAUCCACAAGACGCGACUUCAGGCCCCUGCGUCCCGCCAGAGGCGACGGGCCAGCGAGGCGGAAGAUGGCAUCCCCCGGCCUCCUGCUUUGCCUGCUCUCCGCCGCCGUCUUCUCUCUCCUGGGCGGAAGCUCGGCCUUCCUGUCACACCACCGCCUCAAAGGCAGGUUCCAGAGGGACCGCAGGAACAUCCGCCCCAACAUCAUCCUGGUGCUGACGGACGACCAGGACGUGGAGCUCGGUUCCAUGCAGGUGAUGAACAAGACAAGGCGCAUCAUGGAGCGGGGCGGGGCGCACUUCGUCAACGCCUUCGUGACCACGCCCAUGUGCUGCCCUUCGCGGUCCUCUAUCCUCACCGGGAAGUAUGUCCACAACCACAACACCUACACCAACAACGAGAACUGCUCCUCGCCCUCCUGGCAGGCACAGCACGAGAGCCGCACCUUCGCCGUGUACCUCAACAGCACGGGCUACCGGACAGCUUUCUUCGGGAAGUAUCUUAACGAAUACAAUGGCUCCUACGUGCCACCAGGCUGGAAGGAGUGGGUCGGCCUCCUGAAAAACUCCCGUUUUUAUAACUACACGCUCUGUCGGAACGGGGUGAAGGAGAAACACGGCUUCGAUUACUCCAAGGAUUACCUGACAGACCUCAUCACCAACGACAGCGUGAGCUUCUUCCGCACGUCCAAGAAGAUGUACCCGCACAGGCCCGUCCUCAUGGUCAUCAGCCACGCGGCCCCCCACGGCCCCGAGGACUCCGCCCCCCAGUACUCAGGCCUCUUCCCCAACGCGUCCCAGCACAUCACACCGAGCUACAACUACGCGCCCAACCCGGACAAGCACUGGAUCAUGCGCUACACGGGGCCCAUGAAGCCCAUCCACAUGGAGUUCACCAACAUGCUGCAGCGAAAGCGCCUACAGACCCUCAUGUCCGUGGACGACUCCAUGGAGACGAUUUACAACAUGCUGGUUGAGACGGGCGAGCUGGACAACACGUACAUCAUGUAUACCGCGGACCACGGCUACCACAUCGGCCAGUUCGGCCUGGUGAAGGGCAAGUCCAUGCCGUACGAGUUUGACAUCAGGGUCCCGUUCUACGUGAGGGGCCCCAACGUGGAGGCCGGCUCGCUGAACCCCCACAUCGUCCUCAACAUCGACCUGGCCCCCACCAUCCUGGACAUUGCAGGUCUGGACAUCCCCUCGGAUAUGGAUGGAAAGUCCAUUCUCAAGCUGCUGGACACGGAACGGCCGGUGAAUCGGUUUCACUUGAAGAAGAAGGUGAGGGUCUGGCGGGACUCCUUCCUGGUGGAGAGAGGCAAACUGCUUCACAAGAGGGACAACGACAAGGUGGAUGCUCAGGAGGAGAACUUCCUGCCCAAAUAUCAGCGCGUGAAAGACCUGUGUCAGCGGGCCGAGUACCAGACCGCGUGCGAGCAGCUGGGACAGAAGUGGCAGUGCGUGGAGGACGCGUCGGGGAAGCUGAAGCUGCACAGGUGCAAGGCCCCCGCGCGGCCGGGGGGCAGGGCCCUCUCCAACCUGGUGCCCAAGUACUAUGGGCAGGGUGGCGACGCCUGCCUCUGUGCCGGCAGCGACUACAAUCUCAGCCUGGCCGGGCGCAGGAAGAAGUUCUUCAAGAAGAAGUACAAGACCGGCUACGCACGGAACCGCUCCGUCCGCUCAGUGGCCAUCGAGGCGGAUGGCGGGGUACACCACAGAGGCCUGGACGACGCACCCCAGUCCCGCAACCUUACCAAGCGGCACUGGCCGGGGGCCCCUGAGGAUCCGGACAAGGACCCCGGAGACUUCAGCGGCACGGGGGGCCUCCCGGACUACUCGGCCCCCAACCCCAUUAAAGUCACACACCGGUGCUACAUCCUCGAGAAUGACACGGUCCAGUGCGACCUGGGCCUGUACCAGUCCCUGCAGGCCUGGAAAGACCACAAGCUGCACAUUGACCACGAGAUCGAAACCCUGCAGAACAAAAUUAAGAACCUGAGGGAAGUCCGAGGCCACCUGAAGAAAAAGCGGCCAGAAGAAUGUGACUGUCACAAAAUCAGUUACCACACCCAGCACAAAGGCCGCCUCAAGCACAAAGGCUCCAGUCUGCAUCCUUUCAGGAAGGGUCUGCAGGAGAAGGACAAGGUGUGGCUGCUGCGGGAGCAGAAGCGCAAGAAGAAACUUCGCAAGCUGCUCAAGCGACUGCAGAACAACGACACGUGCAGCAUGCCGGGCCUCACGUGCUUCACGCACGACAACCAGCACUGGCAGACGGCACCGCUCUGGACACUGGGGCCCUUCUGUGCCUGCACCAGCGCCAACAACAACACCUACUGGUGCAUGCGGACCAUCAACGAGACCCACAAUUUCCUCUUCUGCGAAUUCGCAACCGGCUUCCUUGAGUACUUCGAUCUCAACACAGACCCCUACCAGUUGAUGAACGCGGUGAACACGCUGGACAGGGACGUCCUCAACCAGCUGCACGUGCAGCUCAUGGAGCUGCGGAGCUGCAAGGGUUACAAGCAGUGUAACCCCCGGACUCGAAACAUGGACCUGGGACUUAAAGAUGGCGGAAGCUACGAACAAUACAGGCAGUUUCAGCGUCGAAAGUGGCCAGAAAUGAAGAGACCUUCUUCCAAAUCGCUGGGACAGCUGUGGGAAGGCUGGGAAGGUUAAGCAGCACACGAGGGCCUCCAAACCAGAGGCACCACCUGAUCGUACAGACGAUGAAAACCGCGGACAGUCUCAGGCGGGCCUGCGCCGUUGGCCGGGCCGCCUGCGCUCACAGGACUUGCUUUCAGUCAACACGGCACACUCUGGAAGAGAACUGUCGGGAGUAGCUAACUUCAGGAAGCCCGUUUUUGCCCUGCUUUUGCUUUGGAUUAUACCUCACCAGCUGCACAAAAUGCAUUUUCAUAUCAAACGGUCACCACUAACCCUCUCUGAGAGGCUGACGAGGGAAAAAGAGAUUUUCUUGGAAACUUCCCCCAACGGUGAAAGUCACUGGAGUUUUUCUUUUGUUUCUUUAAAUCAUGGGGGAAGAAAAACCCUGUUUUAAACCCUCCUCCUCUUUUAGUUUGUCACAAAGAAGGAUGAAGACAAAGAAAGCAGGACACGAGCAACCUGCAGACGCUGGGAGUGGUGCAGAGCUGACGGCCGAGUCAACAGCACAAAAGAAGGGACUUUUAUUUAGCACCACAACCCAGGUCGCCUCUGAAGAAACGGACUUCGCUGUACAUACGUGACUAUUUACAUGCCACCAGCGUGGGAACUCUUAGGGGAAUCUAGUAAGAAAACGCAAUUUUCCAGAGUUGUGCUGUCAAUAAACGCUCUGCGGCCAGUGAAGAAAACCCCUCGGCCGUUGUGGACAUUUCUGUUCCUGACCAGAUACCGUUUCUCCUAGUAUUUCUUUGUUAUCUAUCCCAGAACUGAUGUUUUUCAAAGUACUGAAAAGAAGUGAAGUCGAUGUAUGUCCCCGGUUUUCACAAAAUUGUGUUUGUAAAGACAUUUUGUAGUCUAAGUAUUGUCAUACAAUGUUCAAAAUCCCAGCCAACGACCAGCAGUUGGUAGAGGUAACCUUUGACAUUUUGUAAAAGGCCGUUCUUGGGA